AGUAUUCCUUCAAUAUCCAAAUUAUAUUCUUUCUCUUCUAAUCAACGCUUACUUGGUAUUGAUUCUCAUAACUCCUGUCCACGGCCCAUGUCCUUCCGAAUGUUCUUGAAUCUAUUACUACUCUGGGCCAACCGUACCUAGUAGUUCUUGAAUUUGCCAGGCAAACAUUAAGCCCUACUUUACCACACAAUCUUCCUAGUCUGAAUACUGGACAAGCCGUUUCCUUGCUCGCGCAAACAGGAGUUUAGCACAAUCUGAACGACGAGAGAAAAUCCAUUUUGUUACGUGGUGGUAUAUGUUGACCAGACCUGCUCUUCCCUAGACCAAGAGAAAUUAGACUAUCCCGACCCUCUCAUUUUUUCUAGCAUCGGUACUUUUUCUAUUAAUCUCAUACCUCGAAAUGGACCAUUGCGGUUUUCAAGACAUCGAAGACUUGAAUUCUGCACAGAACGAUAGUAAAAGCGAGGAUGUUAUUGACGACAUGCCCAAUGUUACAAAGCGUUCGGCAAUCCCUUCUCUUCCGAAUAAAGAUGACUUUCUUUCCACGGAUGGAACAGCGGAUCGUCGAGCGAAGCGUAUACGACUACCUGUAGCCGCCAUUUUCGUUCAUGCUGGUGCCGGAUUUCAUAGCCCCGCCAAUGAGAGAAUGCACCUAGAUGCUUGCAAUGAAGCUUGCCGUCUAAGUAUACGAAUCCUCCGGUCCGGUGGCUCGGCCGUUGAGGCUGUCGAAAUAGCUAUAAAGACCCUCGAAGAUAAUGAAAUUACCAAUUGUGGGUAUGGAAGCAAUCUGGCAAUCGAUGGGACCGUCGAGUGCGAUGCGACCAUUGUCGAUCAUCUUGGUCGAAGCGGAGCUUGUGGUGCAGUUCCUAACAUUGGGAACCCCAUCAGCUUGGCCAAGGUCAUACUCCAGCGUAGCAAUACACCCCUCUCUUUACGCCGCGUUCCUCCGAACCUGCUUAUGGGAGAUGGUGCUAAGGAGUUCGCUCGAGAGUCGGGUAUACCGCUGAUUCGUAACGAGUUUCUCGUGUCAAGAAAUGCCAGGGACCGCUUUUUUAGAUGGCAAGAAGAACUGCGGCGAGCCGAGAGCCAACGGAGUCCAUCAACCAGCCCUGAGAGCUAUACUCAAGCCAGUGAUAUCGAUUAUGAUAACAAAAUUCGUCAAGCCGCACAACGGGAUCAUACCAAUGCUAUAUUGACCGGAACUUGGAACGAGGGCCAGCCAGACUCGCCAGGUUCACCAUGGAGAAGCCCGACGUAUCUACCUGGUACGUACUCAGGAAGUCCUCCUUCGCCCCCGCCAACAAGCCUGCUUCCACCCGCAACUACGCUUGUGCAUGGUAUGCGUAAUCUCUACGACCCAUCUCAUCCUCGCCCUAAACCUUGGCUGGGAAAGGAGUCAACACCGUCUUCAAGGUUCCCUCCAUUCAUUGGAGGCCAAAACAACGAGUCUUUCAAAUCAGAUCCUAGCACGUCGGCAUCUAACGAUACGACCAGUGUAGCUCCCCAUGAUGGUGCUUGCUCGAACGACUUCCCAACCCCUCUCACGCUCCAGAUUGAAGAUACCCCUACCACCACAGCGACGUCACAUUAUGUUGGUGAUCAACAGUCGCCUCGGACUAUCGGUAGCCACCAAAACGAAGACGAAGACGAUAACAUAACCGAUACGGUAGGUGCAAUUGCAAUUGACCAGUCCGGAAGGAUUGCGGCAGGUUCAUCUUCAGGGGGUAUUGGCAUGAAACACCGAGGACGAAUUGGGCCAGCAGCCUUGGUAGGGAUUGGAACAGCUGUCAUCCCGGCCGAUGAACAUGACCCGGAUGGCAUAGCCGUCGCCGCCGUAACAAGCGGCACAGGCGAGCACAUGGCUACCACUAUGGCGUCCCAAAAAUGUGCGGAACGCAUAUAUCAAAGUACACGCCGCGGGCCCCGCGGGAAGGACAUUGACGAGGAUGAUGAGAGUCUAGUACUCGAGGGUUUCAUCAUCAAUGAUUUUCAAGAACACCCUGGCGUCAAGCAAUCAACCUCAGCCGGCGCCAUUGGCGUCAUGGCUGUAAAGAAGAGCUCGAAGGGGUAUUAUUUAUAUUUUGCGCAUAAUACCGACUCGUUCGCCCUUGCCUCGAUGAGCUCUAACGACCGUGAGCCGGCUUGUGUCAUGUCUCGAAAUAGUAUAGGAAGCACUGGAUAUGCAAACGGCAUCGCCCAGGGAGCUCGGAAGAUUCACAUCUGAAUCAGUCAUAUUGAGACCAAGUUAUGACCUGACCCUCGAACUAAAUUUCAAUUCUCGCUGGCUUACUGGUUUCACUAC